AGAAAGCCAUUGAAGUCAAUGCAUUUUCAAUACACUAUCUCUUCUUUGAACCUCCAUGGACAAUGAGAGAUGGUCUAGCUUAACCUGUUAAUUCUCCCAAAAAGAAAACCAAGAAAAGCAGUUUCAAUAGGCGUACAGGGAAACUUCUUUUUCUCUCUUUGUUUUCCUUUCUAAAGCAAUCUUUGUUUUCCUGUACGCCAAUUUCAUUCCUUUCCCUUAGAGGUUUUGUUUGUAGCCAUGCCCACCAAUACCCACAUUUUGCUUUCUGUCCUAUACAUAUCUAUUUUUUUCAAUUCUCUCAAAGCAUUGAGUUCGGAGCCAAAUACUUUGGCGUUGAGUUGUGGUAACAAAGAUGGUGGCACUGAUGAUGAUAGCAGAAAAUGGGAAUCAGAUUCAAAAUACCUAGUGUCUUCUGAUAAAUCUGUUGAGGUUGUAGCUCAAACCCAAGACCCUUCACUUACUUCUUCAAUACCAUACAUGAAUGCGAGAAUUUUCACAUCUGAAACAACUUAUAAAUUCACAGUUAAUGAAAGCAGUCGAUAUUUUCUUAGGCUCCAUUUCUAUCCUUCUUCUUACCCCAAUUUCAACACCACCAACUCUUAUUUCUCGGUUGUUGCUGAUAAGGUGACUCUCUUGAAUAAUUUUAGUGCUUCCAUAGCAGCUCAGGCUCUCACCCAGGCUUACAUUAUGAAAGAAUUUUCUUUGGCUCCUUUGAACACAGAUUCUCUUAGUGUCAGAUUUAAGCCUUCAGACAAGUAUAAUGGGACUUUUGCUUUUGUCAAUGGAAUAGAGUUGAUACCAUCGCCAAACUUGUUUGAUUCUGCGUCAAUGGUGGGGUUUGAUGACCAACCCCUCGAUGUCACAUCUGCAAAUGUCCAAACAAUGUGGAGAUUGAAUGUCGGUGGCCAAUAUAUUCCUUCGACUAAUGACUCCUCUGGUCUUGCCCGCAGUUGGUAUGACGAUUCACCUUAUAUUUUUGGGGCUGCAAGUGGAGUCACCAGUGAGGCUGCCAACAAUGUCACAAUCCAAUAUAGAAAUUUUUCAGCGUCCAUAGCUCCAGUUGAUGUUUAUAGAACUUCAAGACAAAUGGGUCUUGAUGGCAAUGUCACUAGGAAUUUUAAUCUCACGUGGAUUUUCCAAGUUGAUGCGAAUUUUACCUACCUUGUAAGGCUCCAUUUUUGCGAGUAUGAAUUAAACAAGAUUAACGAGAGAGUUUUUGAUAUAUUCAUCAACAAUCAGACUGCGAUGAAAAAUGCUGAUGUGAUUGCAUGGUCAAGUAAGAAGGAUGUUCCAUUUUACAAAGAUUAUGCCAUAUAUGUUCCUGAUGGACCAGGUGAUGAGAUGCUUUGGCUAGCACUUUGGCCUGAUAACUCAAUGCGUCCUCAUUAUCUUGAUGCAAUUCUGAAUGGGUUAGAGAUAUUCAAGCUUAGUGAUGCAAAUUCAAAUUUGGCAGGCCCCAACCCUACCAUAUCAGACAUGAUGCAGAAGCAGUUAGUAGAGAACACCAACAAGACUUUCUCUACUGACGAAGCUAAGAAAAUCUAUACCACUGCAUUAAUUGGUGGAGCUGCUGGAGGAGCAGUUGCUUUUGCCUUUGUCGCAGCAAUGUUCAUUGGCUACAAGCGAAAGCAGAUGCUCUCGGGUGGCGACACACACACUUCUAGUUGGCUACCAAUCUACAGCAGCUCCCAAGCUUCAGUUAGCAAAUCUACAAUUUCAGGAAAAAGUCCUGGUAGCACCCACAUUUCAUCUGAUGCUGCGAGCAACUGUCGGUUUUUCUCCUUGGCCGAGAUAAAACAAGCCACCAAGAAUUUUGAUGAAUCUUACGUUAUUGGUGUUGGUGGAUUUGGGAAGGUUUACAAGGGUGUCAUUGAUGGAAAUACCAAAGUGGCUAUUAAAAGAUCAAACCCGUCUUCUGAGCAAGGAGUAAAUGAGUUCGAGACUGAAAUUGAAAUGCUUUCCAAGCUAAGGCACAGACACUUGGUCUCUCUGAUUGGAUUUUGUGAAGAAAACAAUGAGAUGGUCUUGGUUUAUGAUUACAUGGGUCAUGGAACAUUGAGGGAGCAUCUCUACAAGAACAACAAAAUUACUCUUUCUUGGAAGCAGAGGUUGGAGAUUUGCAUUGGAGCUGCUAGAGGACUUCACUACCUUCACACUGGGGCCAAGUACACCAUCAUCCAUAGGGAUGUCAAGACGACAAACAUUCUCUUGGAUGAAAGCUGGGUUGCCAAAGUCUCAGACUUUGGGCUCUCCAAAACAGGUCCUAACAUGAAUCAAGGCCAUGUUAGUACAGUAGUGAAAGGUAGUUUUGGUUACUUGGAUCCUGAAUACUUUAGGCGGCAACAAUUGACAGAGAAGUCAGAUGUGUACUCUUUUGGUGUUGUUCUUUUUGAGGUGGUGUGCGCGAGACCAGCUCUCAAUCCAAGCCUUCCAAAGGAACAAGUUAGUCUAGCUGAUUGGGCUCUACGUUGCCAGAGGAAAGGAACUCUAGAGGACCUCAUUGAUCCCCAUCUUAAGGGAAAAAUAAACCCAGAAUGCUUAAAGAAGUUUGCAGAGUGCGCUGAGAAGUGUUUAGCUGAUCAUGGAACGGAUCGCCCUUCAAUGGGUGAUGUUUUGUGGAACCUUGAGAGCGCUCUCCAGUUGGAAGAAAACCCAGAUGGCAGUGCAAAACCAACCUCAUCAGGAUCAGGAAGCGUGGAUUAUGACCAACCCAGAGAAAUUGAUCAAAAAAAUAUAUUGGCGAUGCACAGGAAUACCUUGAGCCUUGGAAGUGAGCAUGAUAUAAAGGAUUUAGACGAUGAAACUGAUGAUAUCUUCUCACAAAUUGUCAAUCCGAAGGGUAGGUGAUGACUUAAGAGAUCUUUUUUUUCCUUAACUUUUGAGUCAGUAAAUGAUUUGGGUAUGUAUAUUGAGUGUUUGAUCUUUCUAUUAAUUUUGUUCUCUCUUAAUUGUAGUAUUAUUUACUGGACAGGCUAUUGAAACAUAUAGCAACUUGUAAUCUAUGUAAGGAGUUCAGGUAGAAACAAGAACAAAAACCAAUCUACUCUA